CGGAGCUCGCGAGAGAUGAACUUAACUUCCCCAACUCUACAGCCAUUGACUCAGCCUUGCCCUUUUCAACCUGCACCAUGACAUCGACCAACUGCUUUCCUGGCCCUAACCCAGGAGAGUGCUUCUGGCAAAACCAGCGCAAUGAGUUACACGAUUUCCGCUCCACCGAACAAUUGCCUGAGCACUCCGAGAUAGUGAUCAUUGGGGCCGGAUACGCUGGUACGAGCACAGCCCACCAUCUGCUUCGCGAUCACGGCGACGCCAUCAAGUCAAUUACAAUCCUCGAGGCUCGAGGCGCCUGCUCGGGUGCGACCGGUCGCAAUGGAGGCCAUCUUCGUCCGGAUUUCUACGGACACAUUCCGACGUAUAUUGAUCGAGCGGGGGUCCGCGCCGGAGCAGAGAUCGCCGAGUUCGAAAUCUCCCAUCUUCACGAGAUGAAGAAGUUGAUAGAGGACGAACAGAUUGACUGCGAUUUCACUCUGGCACGGUCUAUAGACGUCUGGUGCAAUGAGGAGGCGGCCCAGAAGGCCAAAGCGGUGUACGAUCGCAUGAAGUCGCUCAAUCUGGAUUACAUGAAUGACGUGGUUUUUUACACGGGCAAGGAGGUGGAGGGGAUCUGCGGGGUCAAAGGCGCCAAAGCCUGCGCCUCUUUCACUGCGGGAACAAUGUGGCCAUACAAAUUCAUUCUGCAUCUUCUCAAAUCUGCUUUAGCUUCGGGCAAGGUGAACCUGCAAACGUUCACCCCGGCUCAGUCGAUCACACCCGCGUCUGAAGGCGGCUUCACCAUUCAAACGCCACGCGGGUGCCUGCACGCUUCCACCGUCAUCCACGCUAAUAAUGCCUACGUUGCGGGCCUGCUACCGGAGUACGCCAAGAACAUCGUCCCGUGCAAGGGAAUCUGCUGCCGCAUCACCGUUCCAAACGGGACGACUGCCCCCCUCCUCAAUAACUCCUACAUCAAUCGCACUGAGGACAACACUCUUUCCUAUCUGAUUCCGCGUGCAGACGGCAGCAUCAUUGUCGGUGGCGCUUCGUCAAAGUUCCGCCCCUUCAGGGAGCAAUGGUACAACAAUGUGGACGACAGCGUGCUCAUCGAAUCCGCCAAGGACUACUACGAUGACUACAUGCAGCGGACGUAUCGCGGCUGGGAGAACACCGGCGCCAAGGUCGACCAAAUCUGGACAGGCGUCAUGGGGUACUCGUAUGACUCCAAUCCACAUAUUGGUGCGGUGCCGGGAAAGGAUGGUCAGUUCAUCGUGGCCGGGUUCAACGGCCACGGCAUGCCGGUCAUCUGGCGCGCGGCGCAGGGGCUGGCCCGCAUGGUCGUCCAAAGAGUCUCCUUUGAGGAGACGGGCAUGCCGCGGCUUUUCAAGACGACUCAGUCCCGCAUCGAUCGCGCAAUGAAUGGCUCGGAGGAGGAUGGGGAUAUUCUUGGGACGGGCAAUUUCCCUUCCACCAAGCCUUGAAGGAGCUGUCCUAAGAAAAACUUUUGUACAUAGAGUUGCAUGUUUGAAGAUAGUAAUGCGACGAGUGACGGC